AUGGCGGAUUAUCCCUCUUCCGAUAUACCCUCUUCUCUAUCAUCAUCAGAAGACAAUAAUACCAAAAAGGCUGCAACCAUGGAUUCGCGUCCAACUGCAAAGGAACUGCUUGACCGCGUCGACUAUGAUAUCUCCCAGCUGCUGCAGCGGUUCGAGAACAUUGUCGCAAUUGCUGCCAACAAGUUUGACGGAACGAGCCACGUGGAUGCUGCUGUUGAAGCAUUCCAGAUCGAUGUCGAAUCGACUGCAUUGAUUCGCGCUGCUGAAGACCUCCUCGCCUUGUCUCGCCUCAUGAAGGAGCUCUGGCUCUUCGGCCCACUCGACACCCUUGGCGAAGACGAACGCGAUGUCCAGCGCCGCGAGAAACUCGAGGAGGAUAUCCAGGCCAUACAGGCGGCCCUUGAUGGAGGACUUUUGAUGCCAUCACUGGAUGAGCCCACCGAGCCUGAGAAGUCGGACGACGCUAAACAGUCCGAGUCUAAGUCCAAGGCUCCCGAGCAGCCCAAGAAGUCUGAGAAGGCCGAAAAGUAA